CUCUCUCGCUCGGCUUUCUCCCAGCAUCACUGAGUUGCCGACUAGUGAGCAUCUUUCUCGCUCGUCUCUUUCUCGGUGCCCAAUUAACCAUUCUUCUCAACAAGAUGACUGCCAAUGAAGUUCCCUCUGGUUUUUCUUGCUCAGGUGUUUCGAAUUGCUAUGUCUUCAAAAGCCGGUUGCAGGAAUAUGCUCAGAAAUACAAGCUUCCAACGCCUAUUUAUGAGACUGUCAAGGAAGGCCCUUCCCACAAAUCUAUAUUUCAGUCGACAGUGAUAGUCGACGGUGUCAGAUAUGAUUCCUUGCCUGGAUUCUUCAACCGUAAGGCUGCCGAGCAAUCAGCUGCCGAGGUCGCUCUCCAAGAAUUAGCCAAAUCCAGUGAGCUAAGCCAAUGUGUCUCACUACCUGUUCACGAGAUGGGUUUAUGCAAGAACCUUCUUCAAGAGUACGCUCAAAAGAUGAACUACGCUAUUCCACUGUACCAGUGCCAAAAGAGCGAGACUCCUCCCGGGAGAGCUCCACAGUUCACAUGUACCGUAGAGAUCGGAGGCAUAAAGUACACAGGAGCUGCGACAAAAACCAAAAGAGAAGCCGAGAUAAGCGCUGGAAGAACAGCUCUCAUAGCGAUCCAGUCAGAAUCCAAAAUCGACCUCGCCAACCACAGCACUCACCUCACCGUGCUUCCUUGUGAAAAGAAGACGGUGGAGGUAGCAAGCCCACAAGCGAAAGAAACCAUCAAGACUCCAAAAGCCAGGAGGGCUCAGUUCAAAAGGAAGGCUAAGAAAGGAAAGCGCAAAGUAGCAGCUAAGGAACUUGAAGAUAGCACCAUCAUCCCCCCUCCUCCUCAACCUACAGAGCAUUGUCAAAACGACCAGGCAGAGAUUGUUGUUGAGAAAACGCUAAACCUGGAACAACCUUCUUUGUUCAUGAAUGGAUUUAAGGAGGAGGCAGAAGCAUUUGCGAGUGUGGUGGAGACAGAAGCAAGCCAAGCAUAAAGUCUUGUCUUUUGUGAGUGUGUGUGUGAUUGUAGUUGUUUAUGAUAGCCAUUUUUUAUAACUUAUAAUUGGUGUUGAGACAGGUUGAUGAUUGAGAAGUGAGAAAAAUACCUCUUGGGUCUGUUCCAAGUAGUGUUUCUUUGUUGUAGUAUUAAGAUACAUGAGGUUACUUUGGUUAUGAACAGAAAGGUCUUUGUCUACAACGCCAUUUUGAGAGAUGCUUCAGAAGUAAUAGUUUGGGUUUAAUUUGAGUUUUA